AUGAACGCAGAGGAAAGGUUCGCUCUCAUCACCGAAAACCUCGAAGAGGUCCUGAAUCCCGAGCUGAUUCAGGAUAUCCUCAAGGAGGGGCGAAACCCGAAAGUCUACUGGGGAACCAGCCCGACUGGCAAGCCUCACUGCGGAUAUCUGGUGCCGGCCGUGAAGAUUGCGCAGCUUUUGGCUGCAGGAUGCGAGGUCACUGUGCUAAUCGCGGAUAUUCACGGAUUCCUUGAUAAUUUCUCAAACACAGCACCGAUCGAGUUAGUGGAAUACCGCGCCAAAUACUAUCAGUUCACAAUUACCGCUAUGCUCCAGGCUGUCGGCGUGUCGACCGAGAAACUCCGCUUUGUCCUCGGCAGCUCUUACCAAAAGAGCCCGGAAUAUAUUAUGGAUGUGUACAAGCUCUGCUCGUUGGUGUCGGAGCAUGCGGCGAAGAAAGCCGGCGCCGAAAUUGUCAAGCAAUCCUCGAACGCUCCUUUGAGUGGUCUUUUGUACCCCAUCCUGCAGGUUUUGGAUGAGCAGUAUUUGGAUGUUGAUGUACAGUUUGGAGGACUCGAUCAAAGGAAGCUGUUUGCUGCCUCGACGGAAUGGCAUCCCAAGCUUGGUUAUAAGAAGCGAAGCCACCUGUGCAAUGUCAUGGUCCCCGGUCUUACGGGUGGUAAAAUGAGUUCCAGCGAAGAAGACAGCAAAAUCGAUCUUCUGGAGCUUGCGGACAGCAUCCGGAAGAAGAUCCGCAAAGCCCAGGCUGCUCCACGUGAGAUUGAGAACAACGGAAUCCUAGCGUUCGUACAGUAUGUCCUUUUCCCGGCGAUGGCCUUGAAGAGCCCGACCCCGGAGUUCCGCAUCAGCCGUGAGCGAGAUGGCCUGGAGCCACUCGUUUACACCAGCAUCGAAAAGAUGCACGAAGAUUACAAGAACGAUAUUCUAUCACCACAAUUACUCAAGCCUGCCGUUGCGGAAGCUAUUGUGGAGAUGACAGCGCCAAUCCGUGCAGCAUUUGAAGCCUCUGCUGAAUGGCAGGAGGUAACGCUGAAGGCGUACCCACCACCACCUCCCAAGCAGAAGAAGGACAAGAAGAAGGACAAGGGAUCGAGAUACCCUGGUGCUGGAAGUGGAGAGACCCCUAACGGUGUAGAGCCGUAGAAUAAAGCCUGUAACUAGAUUAGAUUUUUGGAUGUCAUGAAUAAUGAUGCAUUAUAUAUUCUAUCACCACCAAAACACGUGUAAAUUCGAAUCGAAUUAUUUAGACAUAGUUCUAGU